GGGCUGUCAGCAGCGGGACUCAGCACACAGCGCAGUGGAGCCGCUGAGCUGAAGCGGGGUGGCGCUCGGUGGCACAAGCGGCGUCUGUCUCAAGCCCAUGAAGCUGCAGCUCUGAUCCUCUGCUGUGUGGGAAACGGACUGAUUUCAGCCAGCUAGCUUACCGCUAAACUAACCUGGACAGCAACCGCGACCUACAAUAGACCAGGAUUAACAUAACACAUUUAAGCUAGUAACUGUAAAUGUCUAAACAAACGAGAGCAGCACUAGCAUGUAGCUGACCGUUUGUAGAAGUAGGCUUCGUUAUAUAUCCAGCAUUAACCAAGCUAGUGGUUGCUAUGAAGCUAGCUAGCUACAGGACGCUAAGCUUAAGUUAGGUUACACCAGUUCAGGAUAGGAUGCUGGGGCAGUCGGUAAUUCUUUAGCUGACUUGAGUACGUUUAAGGCGUACUUACAAGUCCAUAUUUUCUAUAAGAAAGCACUGAGACGUUGUAGCCUGUAGUAAACAAACAAACAAACAAACCCGGUGAGUGUAAAGCAAGUGUUCUCAUUGGCUUUCAGCGUUAUUUCACUAACACUAGGCCAUAGUUCAGAGUGGACAGUUUUGCUUAUUAUAUAUGAUGCGUUUUUAUCAUUUCCUCUCUGUAGCUAGCGGAUUAAAAACAACGAAAGCGCCUCAGAUAAAGCGGUGAUUAGUCCACACCGGUCGCUCCUCCUCCACUGACAGAGCCAGAGCCGGUUUGCUUUUUAUAUUACAGCUGUAGGUUUGUGCGCAGGGGAGAUGAGAAGAGGCUUUUUCCUCAGAGACAAGCCUCCGAGCUGAGCGAGGAACUGCUGAGUGCAUGCGAAUGAGCCAUGGUCCAUUUCAGCACAUCAUCCAGUGCAGUGAGGAGAAACGCAGCUUCAGUGCAGAGGAGCAGGACUGCAGCUCAGAGGAGCAGCACAGCACCGCACACCUCAUCCGAGAUGAUUUAACACACCAUGUAACGUGGGCACUUGUUUAUUUUUAUUAAUAAGCUAGAAAAGAGCCAUACUUCACGGCUUUGGUCUUAAAGUAGCUGGACAGUUACAUUUCCAGGAGACGAGAUCAAGAUGACGAUGGAAAACUCGACCAUUAAAAAUCGGAUUAAAAACCUGCUCCGAUCUCCUUCCAUCAAACUGCGGAGAAAUAAACCAAGGAACAACAAGGAAAACCUGAGAGAUAAGGUGACUCUUGAAAAGGUUUUGGGAAUUACUGCUGCAGGAAACCGUGCCUUGGCCUGUGAUCCUCACUCAGGUUUGGUAGCCUAUCCUGCAGGGUGUGUGGUGGUGCUCCUAAACCCCAAGAAGAACAAACAGUAUCAUAUUCUCAACAACUCCAGGAAAACAAUCACCACUCUAGCUUUCUCACCAGAUGGCAAAUAUGUGGUCACAGGAGAGAGUGGUCAUAUGCCAGCAGUGCGUGUGUGGGAUGUGGUGGCGAGAACUCAGGUGGCAGAGCUACAGGAGCAUAAGUACGGCGUGGCCUGCGUAGCUUUCUCCCCCAACAGCAAGUACAUCGUCAGUGUGGGUUACCAGCAUGACAUGAUUGUCAACGUCUGGGCCUGGAAGAAAAAUGUAUUGGUGGCUGCCAACAAAGUCUCCAGUAAAGUGACGGCCGUGUCGUUUUCAGAUGACAGCUCCUACUUUGUCACAGCAGGGAAUAGACAUGUCAAGUUUUGGUACCUGGACCACACCAAAGCCUCUAAGGUCAAUGCCACAGUGCCCUUACUGGGUCGUUCUGGGUUGCUGGGUGAGCUCAGGAAUAACUUCUUCAGUGAUGUGGCUUGUGGCAAGGGUCGGAAGGCCAGCAGCACUUUCUGCAUCACCUCCUCAGGCCUGCUGUGCGAGUUCAAUGACAAGAGGCUGCUGGAUAAGUGGGUGGAGCUUAGGAAAAACGACAAUAUCACAACUGGCUUAGCCACUGCACUGUCUGUCACUGAGGAUCUGAUAUUCUGUGGCUGUGCUGAUGGAACUGUGCGAGCUUUCAACCCGGUCAAUCUGCACUUCAUCUGCACUCUGCCUCGCCCACACAGCCUGGGCACGGACAUUGCCACUGUCACUGACGCAAGCCAACUCUUUGCAUACAAAUUGGAUGCACGAUAUCCUGACACAGUGGCUGUGUCAUAUGACCUCACCAACCGCUGGCUGUCCUGUGUUUACAACGAUCAUAGCCUGUAUGUCUGGGAUGUUCGUGACCUCCACAAAGUGGGAAAAGUGUACUCUGCCUUGUAUCACUCCUCAUGUGUGUGGAGUGUGGAGAUGUACCCACAGAGCAGUGAGAGAGAGCGAUCUUGUCUCACUCCAGGAUCCUUCCUUAGCUGCUCUUCUGACAACACCGUACGCCUUUGGAACACAGAUGGAUACAGUGCCGCAGUCAAGCGCAACGUCAUCAGCAAUGACCUCCAGAAAAUUAUUUAUAUAGACAGUAAUGUCGCAGCUUUGUUGGACCCAGACUGCACUAUCUCCAGCAAUUCAGAGAAAGCUGAUCCACAAACCUCUGAGAACAGGACUGGCGUUAGGACCAUGUGUGUCAGCCCAGAUGGUCAGCACCUGGCAUCAGGGGACCGCAAUGGAAUACUAAGAAUCCAUGAGCUACAGAGCAUGGAGGAGAUUCUGAACGUGCAGGCCCACGACUCCGAGAUCCUGUGUCUUGAGUAUUCAAAGCCUGAGACAGGCUUGAGGCUGUUGGCCACAGCAAGCAGAGACAGGCUGAUCCAUGUUCUUGAUGCUCAGUGCGAGUAUGGCCUGGUGCAGACACUUGAUGAACAUUCCUCCUCCAUCACUGCAGUGCGGUUUGCUGCAAAUGAUGGCAAAAUCAGAAUGAUCAGUUGUGGUGCUGACAAAAGUAUCUACUUCCGCACAGCACAUAAGACGGAUGAAGGAAUCAUGUUUACGCGUACCCACCAUAUUGUGAGGAAGACUACUCUGUACGAUAUGGAUAUUGACCCCCUGCGCAAGUAUGCUGCUAUUGGCUGUCAGGACCGCAGCAUCAGGAUCUUUAACAUCAGCAAUGGCAAACAGAAGAAAAUAUACAAGGGCUCUCAGGGGGAGGAUGGCACCCUCAUUAAGGUCCAAAUGGAUCCAUCUGGGAUGUAUGUGGCUACCAGCUGCUCAGACAAAAACAUCAACAUUUUUGACUUCUACACUGGAGAGUGUGUAGCCACCAUGUUUGGGCACUCUGAGAUUGUCACUGGGAUGAAAUUUACAAAUGAUUGCAAACAUCUGAUAUCAGUGUCAGGGGACAGCUGCAUCUUUAUGUGGAGACUGAAUCCAGAGCUGACCAUCAAUAUGAGACAAAGACUUUCUGACCUUAAACAGAAGAGCAAACCUGUACAGAAAACCCCUCCUACCAAACAUCAUUCAGUCAGCACUAGGAGAGAGGUGCAUAGUGCUCCACCUAUAGGUACAAUGUCCUCAGACAGUGAUAAAGAGCCUGAGGAAGAGGAUGGUAUCGAAGAGGAGGAUGGUAUCGAAGAGGAGGAUGAAUGCAAUUUUCCUCACCUAUCUUCUGGAAGCAGCACAGGAGAAGAAACUGGAUCGUCAGAGGACAAGCAUGACUCGAUCCGGGAGAUGAGAAAUAUUUCUGACAGCCGUUCAGCAUGCGAGAACUCAGGCCCAGGGCAAAGGCGUCGCUGGUCUAGGCGAAUAGGCAGCACGGAUUUAGUGGUGAAGUCCAUGCUGGACCUGAGGCAGCUUGAGUCUUUUGCUAAGUCCCCUGCUGUCAACCGAGCACUGGAUCCAGAUCUGGAUCUUGGCAGUACCAUCAGCCUACAGACCAUCACUGGAUGGGUGGAGCAGCCAGACGUGCAGGAGGAGCCUGUCCCAAGAGGACAAACACGUCCUCAGUACAUCCCACUGUCGCCUCAGACAGCAGACACAGAGGCUGUGGUGCUUUACCCUGAGGGCUGUGAGGACAGAGUGAGCCUGGCAGGCAGUGAGUACCAGGUCAAGGAGUUAGCCCAUGGUGUGAGGUUGCCUAAAGGAAACUCCUGUCCUGAGAAGCAGAGCCCUGACAGCGCAUGCUCAAUGGAUUAUUCCAACAGUCGUCUCUCCAGCCCGGAUCAGCCUGGAGAAGACUCAGAACCCACUGAGCCACUGAGUGUGGAUGGAAACUCAUCUGAGCUGGACAUGGAAGACCUAGAAGAGGAAGAGGAGGAGAGCCUGAGGAAGACUGAGAUCUGUAGUUUUGUGCCUACGACUCCAGACCAAGAAGCCUUCCUCAAAAAAAACUUUGCAAACUUGUCAGACUUCAGCAGCUCAGGAAGUCCAAAUUCUCUUCAGCCAACAAUCACUGACAGUGUCAGCAUCUCAUCAAAGUUCCUCACUGGUUCCAAUAGCUGCAGGCAGGCAAUUGUUUCCCCUUCAAGCAAAACUACUGAGAGUAAGAUUGGCAGUGAAUUGGUGCAUCCCAUGCAGGACAGAAAACAGAGCACCCUGCAAGAACUAAAGAGCCCUGAGAGGCCGUCAGUUCUGCACUUAACCCCUGAGAAGAAACGCAUCCCUGUAGAAAUUUCUGCUGAUUCUCUGGCUGCCUCAACUGGAAUGAGGAAAGCCCAAUCCAUCCACAGCAUCUCUUCAGAGGCUGAUAUGCCUCAGACAUCUACGCGUCUUUCUAAGGAGGUUCCCCCUCAGCCCCAGCAUUACGAGCGUGCUCCAUCAUCCACACUGCGCCGCACACUUCCCAGUGUGCCUCUCUCCAGCCCAACAUCUGCCCAGCCCAGGGACUGCCCUACACCCACCAAGUCCAAGCCACGCUCAUACAUGAGCCCCACCACAAGUUCCAUAGCCAAGAUGUCACGCUCCAUGUCCAUGGGUGACAGCCUGAACGUGAGUGAGCUCAGUGAAGUACCUGCAGGCUCAGACACCUACCGAGGUUCAGGAUCAGACACUUCCAACCUUCGCAUUGCUUCUCGCAGCAAACCCUCAUCUCCAGUAGUCCCACUGCCCUCUUCAUUUAUUGGCUCUCCUCCCCGUGGUGCUGUUAUACCCACCAUAAGCGGUGCCUCCACUCUUAACUCUUCUUCUAAAGGCAUCCAGGCCAAAUUACCCAGCAGUGCCCGUCCACAGCUACAUCUGGACAUCACCAAACCUCUCCCAGAUAAGCCUUCCAUGGCCUCCUUCUCUCCUAACAGCAAGAUUACCAAGCUUGACCACAAGGAAGAUCUUGGUAACAGGACUCCAGUAAGUAUACCCCCCCUGCCAGGACCAGAGCAGUCUCAUUCCAUCAAUAUGCAGCCAAUUACAUGCUCAGUCCCUACUGAGACCAAGCCACUAGAGCAACAGGAGCUCAAUGCUGAUCAGUCUGAAGAGCCAGAGAAGAUCCAUGGAAAAGAUACAGAGCUGGAGGAGACUCAAACCAAGCAAUCAAAUCAGAAUCAGGGCAGCACAAUUUGUCUGCAGGCAGCCAGUCGAGCCCAGGAUUCAGGUUUGCUGGGAUUUCACUCCUCUCUUGUUUUCUCAUCUGUGCCUCUGCGCCUGGGUCUGCCCAAGCACUUUACCAGCAGGCUCUGGUAUCUCUCUCCUUCCGUCUCUUCCAUCACUUCUGCCAUGUUCUCCUCUUCACCCUGUCCCUCCAUUAAUCAUUACCAACUGAAGGAUGCAUCUCUCAGUAUGGAGUCAUGCAGACUUGCAGCUAGUGAACUUCAAACCAGUUUUAAAAAGGCCUGCCACUUCUACAGGAUGCUGAGCAGUUCCACAGACCAGACGCAGGAGCAUCAGGAGAUGGCUCAAGUGCUGACUGAUACAUUUGAGGCAGUACAGGCUGAGUUGAACUCAUUGCCAAAUUAUAUAGAAAGCCGCUCCAGCAGCAGCAGCAGCAGCUCAGUGUGUGUGCUGGGCAGUGGAGCAGGUGUUGUGGGUGAGGAACGAACGUUGGCAUUGCUGGAGCAGUAUUCACAGCUUCUCCUCAGAGCUGUGGAGAAGAGAAUGGACAGCAAAGUCUGACAUGCACCUCUUUUGUUAAUUAGAUCAUUCAGGCUGAGGCCGGAUUCUAAGCCAUGACUCUGUGUAGCAGCAGAUUCUUCUGAGGUUUUUUUUUUUUU